AUGCUCACUCUAUUAUCUAUUGACUCUAAUAUUCUGAUCUUAUCACUCACUCGCUUUUGUGACAUUGCAGAUGCUGCUGGUAUCAUGACGUGUGAGAAAAAGCGAUUGUUUCUACGCAAGGACAAUGGUCUUGUGCGUGAUGUAUUCAAACAGAACCAUAUGCUAAACCUUCGUGGGAACAUGGGUAUUGGUCAUUGUCGAUAUCCAACGGCUGGUUCAAGCUCAAGCUCAGAAGCUCAGCCAUUUUACACCAACUCACCUUAUGGUGUAUCACUUGCUCAUAAUGGCAACUUGACCAACUCGCACGAACUUGUGGAUCAGCUGGCUAACACCAACUUUCGUCAUGUCAAUACGGACUCGGACUCGGAACUAUUGCUCAAUAUUUUGGCCGACGAGCUGCUAAAGCGCGUAAAUGUAUUACUGGAUACGGAGAUGGUACUAGAUGCCGUUACUGGCGUCUUUAAGCGCUGUCGAGGUGGCUACGCGGCUGUUGUGCUUAUCAAUGGUUUUGGCAUUGUUGCCUUUCGUGACCCGCAUGGAAUUCGUCCACUGGUGUAUGGUGCUCGCAAAAAUACCCAUGGAACCGACUACGUUGUGGCUUCGGAGAGUGUUGCUAUUGAUACGCUUGAGUUCAAGAUGGAACGUGAUUUUGCACCUGGCGAGGCAAUGGUCAUUAAGCAAAGCGGUGCAAUGACCACACGCAAGUGUGUGCCUGGUGCCACGCUAUCACCGUGUAUUUUUGAGCAUGUGUAUUUCGCCCGUCCCGAUUCGUUCAUUGACGGUGUGUCAGUGUACCAAGCGCGUCGUAAUAUGGGUGCUAAGCUCGCCGAGAAGAUUUUGCGCGAACGUCCCAACCACGGCAUUGACGUGGUGAUCCCUAUCCCAGACACAAGCCGUACAUCGGCGCUUGAGGCUUCUCAGAGCCUGAACAUUCCGUACCGCGAGGGAUUUGUCAAGAAUCGCUACAUUGCGCGUACGUUUAUUAUGCCUGGUCAGGUCGCGCGUAAGAAAACAGUGCGUAUGAAAUUGAAUGCUAUUCGCUCCGAGUUCCAAGGCAAGGUUGUGCUGCUUGUGGAUGAUUCGAUUGUUCGUGGCACCACCUCCCGCCAGAUUGUGCAGAUUGCACGUGAAAACGGCGCCAAGGCUGUGUACUUUGCGUCGGCUGCUCCGGCCAUCCGCCACCCUAAUGUCUACGGCAUUGACAUGCCCACGACAGAGGAGCUCAUUGCCUUUAACAAAACUGAAGCUCAGGUGGCCAAGGAGAUUGGCUGCGAGUGGAUGCUCUUUCAGGAUCUGAAGGACCUGGAGGACUGCGUGCGGCAGGAAAGCGCGGUACUUGAGAACUUCGACUCAUCGUGUUUUAACGGCAUUUACAUCACGGGUGAUGUAAACCAGGCUUACUUUGAGCGGUUGCACGCUGAGCGUUGCGAUGCGCGCAUGCAGGCAAAAAAUAUGGGUUUCACUCCGUUCAACCGCACGAUAUCCACCCCGCAGUCCGAUGAGAGCAUUGACAUGUACAACGCACCUCAGUAA